UCUAAAUCUCCAAUUUUUUUUAACUGCAUCUCCUAGAUUUUUCAACCACACCAUCCUGAUCGGAAAAUGUCACUGGAUCUUGAAACCCUCUUUGAGUACGUUGAUAAACACCAGGAUCUCUACGUGGAGAGACUGGCCAAGUGGGUGGCAAUCCAGAGUGUAUCAGCAUGGCCAGAGAAGAGAGGAGAAAUCCGACAGAUGAUGGAAGUUGCAGCCAAAGAUAUUGAAAGUUUGGGUGGCACAACAGAGCUGAUAGACAUUGGGAAACAGAAGCUUCCAGAUGGCUCAGAGAUUCCUUUACCUCCGAUAAUUCUAGGCAAACUUGGUUCUGAUCCUGACAAGAAAACAGUUUGUGUUUAUGGACACCUGGAUGUUCAACCUGCAGCACAAGACGAUGGCUGGGACAGCGAGCCUUUUACCCUGGUAGAAAAAGAUGGGAAGCUGUAUGGCCGAGGGUCAACAGAUGACAAAGGUCCAGUGCUUGCCUGGCUGAAUGCCUUAGAGGCUUAUCAACAAACUAAACAGGAAAUCCCAGUGAAUGUCAAGUUUUGUUUAGAAGGUAUGGAAGAAUCUGGCUCUGAAGGUCUUGAUGAGCUGAUAUUUGCACAAAAGGACACUUUCUUCAAAGACGUGGAUUAUGUUUGUAUCUCUGAUAACUACUGGCUGGGAAAGAAGAAGCCCUGCAUUACAUACGGCCUCCGAGGCAUCUGCUAUUAUUUCAUAGAGGUGGAAUGCAGUGACAAAGACCUUCACUCAGGAGUAUAUGGUGGCUCUGUUCAUGAAGCUAUGACCGACCUGAUUGCUUUGAUGGGAACACUAGUGGAUAAGAGAGGGAAAAUCCUGAUUCCUGGCCUUUAUGAUAUGGUGGCUUCCCUCACUGAGGAGGAGCAGCAGCUUUAUGAUAAAAUUGACUUUGAUCUGAAGGAGUAUGCGAAAGACAUUGGAGCCACACGACUGCUUCAUGAAACCAAGAAAGACGUCUUGAUGCAUAGGUGGCGGUACCCAUCCUUAUCCCUCCAUGGAAUAGAAGGAGCUUUCUCAGGAUCAGGUGCCAAAACUGUGAUUCCACGGAAAGUUAUUGGAAAAUUUUCCAUAAGGCUGGUGCCUGACAUGACUCCCGAAGCUGUAACCAAGCAGGUUCAGGAUUACUUGUCCAAAAAGUUUGCUGAACUGCACAGCCCCAAUAAAUUCAAAGUCUUUCUGGGCCAUGGUGGAAAACCUUGGGUAUCAGAUUUCAACCAUCCCCACUACAUGGCUGGCAGAAGAGCCAUGAAAACAGUAUUUGGUGUGGAGCCAGACUUGACCAGAGAAGGUGGGAGCAUUCCUGUCACGCUAACCUUCCAAGAAGCGACAGGCAAGAACGUAAUGCUGCUGCCUGUUGGAUCUGCAGAUGAUGGAGCCCAUUCUCAGAAUGAGAAACUCAACAGGUACAACUAUAUUCAAGGUGUCAAACUGUUGGGUGCAUACCUACACGAAGUUGCCCAGCUGAAGGACUGAAUCUGAAUGUUGGUCUGACAAACGAAAGUUGCUGGCAGGGGGACCUGCGAGUUCUCGCAAGAUACUUCCUUGCAACUUUAAAAACUGCACUAAUUCCCCCCCCCCACACACACACACACAUACUUUGUACACACACUAACUUAUUUAGAGAUGCCUGGCAAAAAUAUUUUUGAAUUCCAUACUGAGCAUCUUACAUAGAUGGAUCUUUGACCCAAUUACUGCUGUACUACCAGGCCCUAACUAUCGUUCCAAGGUGGGAGGUGGGUGAUAUACAGAUGGGGGAAGCUGUCCAUGGAAAGGCCCUGUUUUCCCAACCACUGUAUGUGUAAGCUGGCCACAAGUGAUUUUGUUGAUGCCUCAUCAGCUUCUCCACUGGUCUUCUGUAAUCGUCUCCUAGAUCUUAUACAGUUCCUGUCACCAGAAUCUGUGGCAAAUCUACACCUCUUGCUGGGCAAGAACUGUGCUUGUUUUCACAAGUUCAGACAAGGCAACAAAAGUCCUCCUCAGAAAGUUUUGAAAUUGGAAGGUGGGAAAAGGGGGUGACGAAGAGGCCUGAUGAGCUCUCUAAUCCCCACUCCCCACCCACUCAUCCACCAAGCUCUUGCUGUGACUCUCUAGACAGCUGUGCCUCUUGGCAGUCUCUGUGGACCUUGUUGACAUUGCACACUCCAGGAUAUUCGUAACAAACGUAUUUUUCUAAAGCAUUCUUUGUACUCUGAGUGAAAAGCUGCUAAAUUAUAAUUAAAAGAUACCUGGUUCUACCAA